AACACAACAUGGCAGAGAUACCUGACAAGUUCAAUCCAUUUCUUUUACCCUGAUUGGUUUGCUUCUUUACCGGCUCGUUGCUGAUAGGCUUAUUCCAUACGCGGUGUUGAUGAUUGGCUGAAGCGGUUUCACAUCUUGUCCAUAGGACAAUAUGGCAGCCUCGCUGGUGCGGUUGGCUCGUGGAGUUGGGGUUCGGGCAGACCUGGGAUGUAUCCGAGCUUGGAGCUCAGAGGCUCGGGGAGGGGGAAUAACCGGAGCCGUACUACAGGGGAAUCCGGUACCAGCAGACCCAUCAGGCUCUAUAAAUUCAGAAGAACAGCAGAAAAAACAAAAGGAGAACACGGCAAAUGCAAAAAGGAUAGUCCUGAGAAUGGCCGGGCUGCUGGGUAUCGCAGGAAGUGGGGCUGUCGUGUAUAUCUUUGGCAGCAACUCGAUGGAUGAGCAGGGGAACACGAUCCCAGAUGAGUUUGACCAUGAUCCUCCUGUCCUUCAACAAUUUAAACGAACAUACAAAUACUUUAAAGACUAUCGACAAAUGAUCAUUGAGCCCACAAGCCCCAAACUUCUGCCAGACCCCUUGAAGGAGCCUUAUUACCAGCCCCCAUACACCUUGGUGUUGGAGCUCACUGAUGUAUUGUUACAUCCAGAGUGGUCGUUAGCGACUGGCUGGAGGUUCAAGAAAAGAGCAGGAAUUGACAAUUUAUUUCAACAACUGGCACCUCUGUAUGAAAUAGUUAUAUUCACCUCUGAGACCGGAAUGACUGCUUUUCCCCUCAUCGAUAAUGUGGAUCCCCAUGGGUUUGUGUCAUAUCGGUUGUUUCGUGAUGCAACACGCUACACAGAUGGACAUCAUGUUAAGGACAUCUCCUGCUUGAACCGAGAUCCUUCCCAUGUGGUCAUUGUAGACUGUAAGAAAGAGGCUUUCAAACUGCAGCCAUACAAUGGUUUGGCCAUCAAGAAAUGGGACGGAGACUCUGAUGAUCGGACUUUGUAUGACCUGACUGCGUUCCUAAAGACUAUUGCAGUAAGUGGUGUAAGUGAUGUUCGCACAGUGUUGGAGAAUUACUCUCUAGAGGAGGAUCCACUAGAAACAUUCAAACUUCGUCAGAAGCAGCUGGAGCAGGAGGAGCAGCAGCGGUUAUCGGACUUGUCCCAGCUCAGUAAGCGUCAGACUAUGUCUCUAGGUUCUCUAACUAGCCGUCUAUGGCCCCGCUCCAAACAGCAGUGACCCCCUCCCCCAUAUGAAGGAAAGAAGAAUGGACGACUCCCAAGCUCUAUGUAUAUAGAUGGCGAUAGAGCCCUGGUAGCUACACUGUGGCUUGACCCAUGCGUGCACUGUCAGAACUUUAAUAAAGAUAUUUUAUAGAAAUAUGUUUGAUGCUUCAGAAACUGAAACCACCAAGAAUACAGAAUACUGAAGAUAUUUGGGCAGUUCUGACGUUUUUAUAGAUCACUCUGAGCAGUGAAAAUAAAACUUGGCCACUCAGGCUUCGAUUUCCCAGGAUAUUAACUUUUCCUCCAUCAUCUUUCGUUCUUUCUUGAGAAUCUCUUUACCUCAGAAGUAUUUAGAGGACAAAAUAUAUAUUAAGAUCUAAAUAUCCCAAUACACAAUUGAUCCUAUAUAUAUAUGGAACGUCCUACCAUAAAUGACGUCCUCCAGCUUCCCCCUUUGACGAAGGCAAGGAUUGGCCCGGGGGGUGCCUUCAGCGUAAGUAGUCCCCCAUGAUUCGUUCCUCACCAUUGUACCGCCACAAAGGAGAUAACAUAGAUCUCUAGGCCUCUGUAUGCAAAAAACACUGAUCUGAGAAUUGACAAAUCCCAGCAGGGAUCUGGUUCCCUAUUAUGAUCCCUAGCCACCUUGAAUACGGAGCUGUGUGCCACACCCAUGUGUAUAAACAGAGAUCCAGUAAAUAAAACAUGACCAAACAAAAGAAA